CCCAGCACCCGCCGUCCCGAGCUCACGCCGAGAACAAAAAACGCGCGCGCGAAACGAAACGCAACGAUCGCGACACUAAAAACAAACAAACUUCAUCAAACAGUGAUAUAAACAAAUAUGCCGGCUUAAAACAAACAAGAUGUCGUUCUGCAGAAUCACAGGCCGCAGCAGGGGGCUGCCAAAGCCCAACUACUUCCCGCUCCUCGCACCGAUCUCACCUGCAGACGCCAAGCGAUGCUGCAGGAUAACCGGCAAGUCCUACGGUCUGCCGUCGCAUCAUUACAUUCCAGUACUACUCACUGCCAGGUCGAGCAAAACGAAAUGCAAAAUCACCAACGUAUCGGGUGAACUAGGACCGCACCACUAUGCGCCAGAAAUUAAUUAUGGAAAUCGGAAACAUGAAAUGCUACCGGACUACAGAUAUAUCUUUCCGGUAUUGGACGGAUCUACGGAAGCUCAGAAAGCUUUAAUGGAUAUGCUUUUAACGAAACAAGUGACGGAUGAUAGGCGCUAUGUUUACACGGUACAAGAGAGAAGAUGCAGUUUAGUUUUUUCCGCUCGAAUGGAGGCGGCAGUGCGUGAUGGUGAUGUUCGUGACGUCAUGCUUGCGAAAGACUCGGACACAGUUUUAAUAAAAACAAAACAGGGUCGUAGUGUAUCUAUGGAUUUCAAAGAUUUUACUGAAGAUGUGGAAAUUUAUGAAGGUGAGGGACCAAAUGCAGAAGUUUUGAAGCAACGAGAAAUUGAAGAACUAGAGGAGAAAAAGAAGAAAAGGAAACGUGCUGCUGGUUUAUCGUCAAUGAAGAAAAUAUUUGAAAAUAAAGAAAAAUUGGCCGAAGUGCAGGAAUUAGAAGAAGAAAAACAGCGUCAGGAACGUUUGGCAAAGAAAGCAAAAUUUGAAGAGUACAGACAUGAAAAACAUGACGUGAAAACUUUCAACUCUCAUAAUUUUGACGUAACUCACAUGCGUACAAAGUCAAGUAUUGCUAUGUGCAGUGGCGAUUGGAAAGAUCAAAUCCAUCCACUGAUUGAAUCCUGGGACUGGGAUGAUUUUGAAAAAGAGAAUUAUAGAAAUGAUAAACAACAUAUCAUCCCUAAAGCUUCUGUUUUACCGGCUCCGUUAAAAUUAACUCCACAUCACUGCGAUGCAGAAAUCUAUGAAGUUGAUCGAAAUAUUAGUGAAAUAUCUGCUUCAUUAGAAAAUGUGCCCUGUGUCAAUCCACUAAAGCCUGUAAAAGCUCGGCCUUCUGAAAAAAUUUUGAGCGCAGUCAAAGAACUAUCAAGUGAACGCUUAGCUAAGACUUUACAUGUCGCUGAAAAAUUAAGCGAAGAAAACAAAAUAGACAUGUUGCCAACGAUGGAUAAUUUAUGUGAUGUUGUCAAAAACAUAAAGAAAGGCAAAAGGGAAAAAAUUGCUAAAGUUUCCGGGCUCACUCUGGAUAUUAAGAAAGCGAAGAAAUUUAUUCCAGGUCAACAUAUCAACACGCCACAAGGACCUGUUUUUGUACCCGGCCAAACUGUUGAAACUCCUGUGGGACCCGUUUUCAUACCUGGCUUAAGUGUAGACACACCUACAGGUCCAGCUCUUAUACCAGGUCAUAUUGUGACUAAUGAAUCUACUAACGAACCAUUUUUCCUUGCUGGACAAGUAUUACCAACGUCAAACGGAGAAGAAUUCGUUUGUGGACAAACAAUUAAAACUAAAGAUGACUCCUACCGCUUUACUGAAGGUCAAACGGUUAUGUCGGAGGAAGGUUUGAAAUUUGUGCCAGGAAAAAUAAUAAAUAAUGGUAAUGAAGAAAUUUUUGUUCCUGGUCAAACAAUAAUGACACCUGACGGUGUUCAAUUUAUUCCGGGUCAAACAAUAACAGAAACAAGCGGAAAUAUUUUCACACCUGGACAAAAUGCCAAAAUAAAUAAUGAAUGGCAGUUUGUGCCUGGACAAGUAGUCCAUCAAGAUGAUGAGUUACAUUUUGUCCCUGGAGCUACGUUAGCAACGCCAAAUGGCCUCAAAUUUGUUCCUGGCCAAACAGUUGCUAUUAAUGGAGAGACUUGUUUCAUCCCUGGUGUAACUAAAACAACUAGCAGUAAUAAAUUGGAAUUUGUUCCUGGAACCACCGUUGAUACAGUUGACGGUCCAAAAUUCAUUGAAGGACAAAUUGUACAUACUGAAUAUGGAGAAAAGUUUAUGCCCGGAAAAACUAUUGUAGAUGCAAAUGGACAUGUAGAAUUUUCUGUAGCUAAAUCGAUGGAAGAUAUAAUAUUUACUGAAAGUACGCCUGUAGGAUUGCCAAUAGAUAUAAAAUCUUGUUCUGUAUCAGAGGAAUCCUUGUAUGUGUUUGGACAUAUGGUGCAGACAGGAAAGGGUAUAGAAUUUUAUCCAGGGCCUAGAACACCUAAAAUAGAAGGAAAAAUUGUCCCUGGCAGGCUUGUGAAAAAUGAAGCCAAUGAGUCACGUUUUGUACCUGGUAUGAUGGUAGAAGGUAUUUUCGUACCUGGCCAAAUAGUUUUUACCGAAAAUGGAGAACAAUUUGUUCCUGGCCAGGUUGUUGAUACUGCUGAAGGACCUAAAUUUGUUCCUGGACAAGUAGUUAAUACGAGAAAUGGACCUAAAUUUGUACCUGGUCAAACCAUACAUACAAUCGAUGGCCCUCGAUUUGUUCCUGGCCAAAUUAUAGAAACUAAAGCUGGACCAACCUUCAUACCUGGACAAGUUAUAUCUACUGAAGACGAAGGUUCCCGGUUUGUACCAGGUCAAGUUGUUGACACAGAGGAAGGCCCAAGAUUUGUACCAGGACGUGUUAUUGAAACUGAUAAUCAUGGUGUGACAUUUGUGCCUGGACAAAUUGUGCAAACACCUGAAGGAUUAAAGUUUGUCGCACCUGAUCUUACUGAAGGUGAAGAAGGUCUCGAGUUUUCUGUGCAAAGUUUUGUUGUGACUCCUGAAGAACUUAAAUUAUUAAAAGUAAAAACAAAUCCAAAUGACACUACAUCAACAAAAGGCGAAUUGACAAUUGAUACAAAUAUGUUGAGACAGCUCUCUGAAGCAGGCAUGUCUAUUGGCAGACAAGUGCCAGCUGAACUUCCGACGAUCAACGUUAUUAUGAAUGAAACCAGAAAUAAAGAAGCCCUCAAAGCUUUUGUUACAGACUUCGGAUUAAAAGAUGACGUAGCAAAUCAAUUAAUGGAUGUCAUAACAUCAAUUAUUGAAAUGAGUGCACACUUAAAAUCUGAAAUACAUCAAAAAUCAAAUGGCUUACCAAAAGAACACAAAAAAGAAAAACUAAAUAAAAAGAAACUUGCCAUGCAAGGUCUACACUGCGAAGGGGAGAAUGAACAAAAUGCACAUGAAGAACAUGUCAAAAAUUCAAUAGCUGCUGCAGUUUUGGCAGCUUUAGUCACAGCUGAACAGUUUGAAGAAAUAAAUAAUAACAAUAGCAAAGAGAAAUAUCAAAUAAUCUUAAAAUCUAUUGAUACAAUUUUGGGAAAAACUAUCGAUAGUGAUUUUGUAUCUGCUAUGUAUAGUAUACUUCAGAAAGAAGAAGACAAAGAAAUUCUUUGUGAAGAAAUUUUAGAAAACACUACUCAGCCAAAGGUUGAGCUUAUCAAAAUUGCUGUGAAUAGCACACUGCAUAAACAUUCCUUGACUAAAGAAGACAUAAUUGAAAAGUUUAGUGAUUUCUUGACCAGUGAAAACGAAGUCCUUGGACCUGCAUUUAAAAAUAUUGCUAAGAGUGAUACAGAUCUACUUCGCCACGUAUUAGAUCACAUUUCGGAUUCGGUGAUCUUUAUAAAAACAGAUGUUGAAGCAACUGAAACAUUACAAAAAGCUAUUGUUAAUGCGGUACAAGAAUCUAGCACAAAAGAGUUAGAUGAAUUGUUCCAAGAAAAUAACAAAGAAAACUUGAAGGAACUAAUUGUACAAUCUAUUGGCCUAGCCAAAAUUCUCGGCAUGCGCGACGUUGCUUCUAAGUUACUCACAUUUAUGAAUGACGAACAAUGUAUGGAAAAAAUUUCAGCUGAUACUACUAGUCUCAGCAUUCUGAAGAGAUUAACAGUCAUGAGGAAACUUGCGGAUCAAACACCUAAUUUACAUUCUGCACUUCGAAAACUAGAAAAAGAUCCAGAGCUGGCACGUACUGAUCCUAAACUCCGAGAUUUGGUUCGCGAAAGUGGGGCGCUCAUGAUUAUACCCGAAGAAACCCCAUUGAUGACGUCGGCCGAUGUUCCAUUGAGUUUGCUUGAUCCAGAAAAUAGUCUUGCAAUGGAAGAUUUCUUAUAUCAACGUAAAAAACAUCGCGGUGCUUUGCUAAUCAUGAAAAGAGGUCUGCAAGCAGUCGUGCCUCGUGAAGCUAGUCGUGCGGUUUUAACCGGCCAAGUCGCCUAUACUGUUCUUGAUGAAAGCGGAAUAAGACAUUUUGAACCUUUGCACGUAUUCUCAGCACUUAAUCUGAGCCAACCAACAGCUCAUCGUUUCUCAAUGUAUAGUUGCCCUGUCGUAGAUAAUAAUGAUGAAGAUUUAGAGACGUUCAAUGGCUAUAGUAACAUAAGUAACAGUCAAGUAAUUACAAAACUAGGCGGUUGGGGUAGAAGAUACAGUAAUGUAUUCUUGGAUAGAGAAAAUACUCGAAGCAGAUUGAGUAGUUUGGAAACGACGCCUAGUUACAGACGAUAUUCAUCCCGUUCUCUAUCCAGAUCUCGUUCUAGUUGUAGCAGAAGUCCACCUAAGGUAGAAGAUGUGAUUGUGGCAUCUACAGACUACACCGCCGUCGCAGACGACGAAGUAUCCCUAAAAGCUGGAGAUAUUGUCGAAGUUCUCGAUACCAAAGCAGCGUUAGGCUCAAAGAAACCCCGGCUAGACCCUGAGCUGGACGUGGAGGCAGUACUCCUGGAUUCCUCAGCAGCGAAGCACAAAGCUGCCGUGCGGCCAAAGAAGAACCACCCACGAGGGGGAACUGCGAAGGCAGCGACUGAAAGAUGGCUGGUCAGAGUGGUGGAGGAUGUGGACGGUGGGGAGAUCCGUACCCGGCAAGGGUACGUACCCUCGGGGGUGCUCCACGAGAAGAAGACUCAGGAACAGGACCAGACGGCUUUGGCGGCCAGGAGGCAAGCCGUGGUGCGCGAGCUGAUCGAGACAGAAGAGGAGUUUGGUCGCGACAUGCAGCAGGUGGUGAAGCGGUACAUGAAGCCCAUGGACAAAGCCAUCACCCCCAAGCCGGUGUUCGACAACCGGGAACUGCUGUUCUCAAACUUCAAGCAGAUUGCCGAGUUCCAUAAUACGGCACUACUGGAAGGCAUAAAGUACUACGCGGGCGAACCGCGCAUGCUCGGGCGGGCACUCCUGCGCAUGGAGCGGGAGUUCGACAAACACGUGGCGUACUGCCGCGACGAGCCCCUGGCGCAGCAUCUGUUAGCCACGGACCCUGUGGUGAAUGAAUACUUCCAGGCCUUAGCUGACAAACUCGGCGACGACAAAGGCAUCACCGAACAUCUGAAGCUUCCCAUACAGAGGAUCAACGACUACCAACUGUUGUUAAAGGAACUAGUCAAGUACUCGAAACGUCUCGGCGACGACAGUAGCGACCUCCAAAAGGCGUUGGAACUCUUCCUAUCUGUCCCCAAUCGCGCCACAGACAACAAAUUCCUUGCCAGCAUCGAAGGCUAUCGUGGAAACAUCUACAAACUCGGACGACUCCUCACCCACGACUGGUUCACUGUCACAGAUAGUGAAGGCAAGUCCAAGGAGAGGUAUCUCUUCCUCUUCAAAGCUAGGAUCUUGAUCUGCAAGGUCAAGAGGGUCUCCGAAGAUAGGUCCGUCUUUGUUCUAAAAGAUAUCAUCAAGCUCCCUGAAGCGGAGGUCAAGGACGUUCCAACUGAGAAGUUGAAGAUAGAGGUUCGGCAGAAGUCUUCUCCUCAAUUUGUGACCCUUUCGGCUCAUAAGGAGCACGUGAAGAACGCGUGGCUAGCGGAGAUCGGUCAACACCAGAGCGACCUUGUCGCUUUAGCUGAGCACGCCGCAGACGAUCUUCAAGUUCUUUCCCCACCUCAAGUCACCUCUCCAGAACCUCCUGAAGAAAACAAAAAGAAAAGAGAACGGCCAGACGACGUACAAGAAGUCAAAGAGAAACGUUCGCGAGUCGAAGAGGUUGAAGUAUCGCAAACAGGACAAACCGUCCAAAAGAAACGAACACACGUUGAAGAAAUCGAAGUCUCUCAAACAACAGCAGAGACUGGACAACAAAUACAAGAAAAACGUGCUCGUGUAGAGGAAACGCAAGUUUCUCAGACAGAAAAAGAACAAGAAGUUCAAGCUGGGAUAACUAUCCAGUCCGAAUCUAGUGAGGUUUUAGUUAAAACAAAAACACGUGUCUCAGUCACUGAGUCAUCACAGGAAACCCAACAGUUUGAGUCUAGUCAACAGACUCAAGUCAAACAAACAGUAGCUGGUGAAGUUCGGGGAUCUGCAAAAGCUGAACUUCAAACAGAAGCUACUGAAGUCAAAAAAGUCAGCGAAUCUUCAAAAUCAGAAUCACAAAAGGAAGAAACCAAACAAUCCAAACUUGAAAGUGUUGAGACCAAAACUCAGCACGUAGAAAAAAGUCACGAACAACAAUCUACAACAGGAAAAUUUGAGGCAACUGUUGAAAGCAAAAAGUCAGAAACACAAAAAGUCGAACAUACACAUUCUGCUGUAACUACAGAAACUAAAGCUGAAUCUAAGGUCGAAGUUAGUAAAUCUGAGGAAACAGCGCAAGUUGAAGCAUCGAAAGUAACAGCUAAGACUACACAAAGCGAAGCAGAGAAAAAGUCUCAAGUUAGCAACGGUGACAUACCUAAUGUUUCUACUAGAGAAGAUUCAUUGGAACAAUUGAAAGCUUUAAGAAGAGCAUCAUUGGAUGCUGCAACUAAAUCUAAAUCUGAAGCAAGUGUAACUGUCCUAGAGACAAGUGAAGUGAAAGUUGAAAGUUCUAGCGCAACUGGCGCGUGUUCUGAACAAGAAGUUACUUCAAGCAGUCAAGCUGUAGCGGAAGAAGCCACAGACGAACAAAUGUCGAGAUAUAGUCGCAGUUCUCGACUCUCGGGGGAAUACUCCAGUAGCGCCCGUAGUGGUCGCUACGAAUCGUCUAGUUAUGAUAGUACCGGAGUAUCUUCCUACUCCCGCCGAGAAAGCGGCUCCCGGGUCGAAAGCGGGAGGUACGAGACCGGAGGCUCCAUAGAGGGCAGUGCCUCCUCCAGAUACGAAUCCAAAUACUCCAGCUCCAAAAUCGAGGGUUCGGAAGAGUCUAAGCUUGAUGCCAUCGCAUCCAAAUAUGGAAUCGAAUCUAAUUAUGAGAGCAGCAGCAAGCGAGACAGCAUCGCUGCGAAAUACGGAAUCGGCUCGUCUGAUGAGAGCACUAGGAUAGAAAGACGAUCCUCUUCGAAAUACGGAAUUGGCUUAUCUGAUGACAGCUCUAAUAUAGAAGGACGCUCUUCCAAGUACAGUCUAGAAACAAGCAUCGAUGGAGGCAAAAUCGAAGGAGUCACCUCCAAGUCUGAAACUAGUUUCAGCGCAAAGAACGGCGAGACCGCGUAUGAAAGCAAAUAUUCCAAAAGCGCUAUUGCCAAUGGCUCAAUCAGUGCUGGCGAAUAUGAAUCCGUUAAAUCUGUUUCGAAAUCCGCAUCCCAAGAUGGAAGACCUGUUUUCAAUGUUACGUUGGAAGGCCAGAAUAUUGAGCCUGGCGAAAAUGCUACGUUCCAAUGUACGCUCCGCGAAUCCCUGGACUCCGUCAAGGUGACCUGGCUGAAAGACAACAAGCCUCUUACUGACCGCCUGAUGGACCGGGUCACGAUAACUUCUGAGGAAAAUGGAAACCAUCGUCUAGAAUUGCAACACUGCCGGGAAGACGACUCAGGAUUGUACACGGCUAGAGCCGAAAACGUGAAAGGAAACGCGCAUUGCACCGCUCAGUUAGUCGUCCACGAGCUGACCCCAGAAGAGAGGAGGGCCCGUAACGCGCUCAACGCACCAUAUUUCGUGGUGGCCUUGAAAGAUACAGAGAUUCUGCAGAAUACCUACCUUCGGUUCAUGGUCAAGGUCAAGGGUGACCCCAAUCCUGAGGUCAAGUUCUUCUACGAAGGCAAAGAGAUCGUGAACACGUCUGAAACGGAACGCAUCUCUAUAAUACGCGCACGCGCCGACCGCGGCUGCUACGAGCUGGUCAUAGCCGACGUGAACCCCGCCGACGCCGGGAGGUACUCCUGCAAGGCCAUGAAUAUUUAUGGAGAAGUGGAGUCGCAAGCAGUUGUGACAGUUGUUGAUGAUAAGAACAUCUUCUUUGAGCUGCCGCCUGGCGGGGAAGGACUGCUCGCGAAGGGAGAGAAACCUUCCUUCACGUGGAAAAGGGAUGGGCAUCCCUUCGAUCCUGAGGAGAGGUUCAAGGUGCUUCUAGGAGACGAUGAAGACUCCCUGGCGCUGGUGUUCCAGCAUGUGAAGCCGGAGGACGCAGGCUUGUAUACCUGCGUGGCCAAAACAAGCACCGGCAACAUUUCCUGUUCCGCCGAGCUGACUGUACAAGGUGCGGUCAACGAACUUCACCGUGAGCCAGAAAAACCAACAUUAGUGAUCGAGCAUCGCGAAGCAAUCGUCUCUAUCGGCGGGUCAGCCAUGCUGGAACUACAGUGCAAGGGCUUCCCCAAACCCAGCAUCCUGUUUAAACACGAUGGGAAAGUCAUUGAGGCUGAUACAAGGCACAAAUUCCUCUACGAAGAUGACGAGAGCAUGUCUCUAGUCAUCAAGAACGUUAGUUCAGCUGAUGCUGGUAUCUACCACGUGACCGCUAGCAACGAGUUGGGAGAAGACACCACCACCAUGGAACUUAUUGUGAAAGCAGCUCCCAAGAUCAAGAGGAAGGUGGAGAACCAGACUUGCAUGGCUGGCAGCACCCACACUGUGACCAUAGAGAUCGAAGGCGCCCCCGCCCCAGACGUGAGCUUCUACAAAGAUGGCGUCGAAAUCAAGAGUUCAGAGAGAAUCCAGAUCGUGAAGGAAUCCAACGAGGUGUACAAGAUCAUCAUCAAGGAUGCUAAACUGACUGACACCGGAUCUUAUUCUGUGGUUGCUAAGAACGAAGUGAACCAAUGCUCUGACUUCUGGCAAUGGCAAGUGACGUCACCGCCGCGCGUGCUCAAGAAGCUGGGCGGCGCCCGCGUGUGCGACGAGAAGGAGACCGUCACCUUCCAGGUGGAGGCCGAGGCUGAACCGGCGCCUACUGUCAAAUGGUUCAAGAACAAGACUGAGCUGGUUGAGUCUUCAACGGUGAAGAUCUCAUCAUCCGGGUCUGCUCACUCAUUGGUGGUGUCUUCAGCCGCCAGGUCCGACGCUGGGGAGUACUCCUGUGAGAUCCGCAACGUCCACGGGAGUGCUUCAGACUCGUGCCAGCUGAACGUGCGCACGGGACCAUAUUUUACCCAGAAGCUGAAGGACACUGUGGCCAGUGAAGGAGAUGUUAAUGUCGAGUUCACAGUCGCGGUCGAUGCCUACCCCGAGCCCAGUGUAAAAUGGUACCUUGGCGACGUGGAGAUCACGGAAAAGAAGUCGGUGUUCACGCGCGUGGACAGCGGCAACACUCACAAGCUAAUCCUGAAGGAGGUCUCCGCGGAGUAUUCUGGAAAGUACACGUGCAAGGUGUCCAACGAACUCGGGGCCGACCAGUGUGAAGCCACCUUUACUGUCAAAAGGAAACCCCGCAUCACCAAGAGUUUGGUCGACAUGACAGUAGAUAUCGGAAGCACUCUUAAACUGGACGUGGAAGUAGAAGGCUGCCCCGAACCCAAGGUCAAGUGGUUCAAAGACGGCAAGGAACUAACUACUGACGCUAGGAUCAAGAUUGAGAGAGACACACAGAGAUUGGAAAACUAUCACCUGACCGUGACCCUGGUGAAAGAGGAAGAUGGCGGCGAUUACGAAGUGCGCGCCGAGAACGAAAUGGGUUCCGUUUCGUCCAAGAGCACCGUCACUAUACACACCAGAGAAGUUCACACGAGAUUGUCAAAGGAAGAAGUAAUAGAAAAUGAAGUUGAAGAAGAUAGUAAAGCAAAGCAGUCUUUGGAAGAAAAAGUAGAUGGGGAAAAGCAGGUUGCCAAGGAAGGAAAAACGAAAUCGGAAGAAGCCGAAGAAAAAUCUUUCUGGGAUGACGAUAAAGACGCAAAGGCGAAGAAGGUCGUCAUUGAGGAAGUAGAAUCACCAGCUCCAGUCAAAAGCCAAAAAUCAGUAACUGAACCUGAAGAGGCCAAGAAGAAGUCAUUUUGGGAUGAUGAUGAUGAUGGAAAGCAAAAGAAACCUAAAAUAGAAGAAGUCGAUACACCUGUGAGUGGCAAAGGCGAAAAAUCGUUUACAGAAUCAGAAAAAGCUGAAGAAAAAUCUUUCUGGGAUGACACAGAUGACGGCAAACAAAAGAAACCCAUAAUAGAAGAAGUUGAUACGCCUGUGAUUGGUAAAGGCAAAAAAUCUCUCACAGAACCAGAGGUUGCUGAAGAAAAGUCUUUUUGGGAUGAGAACCACAAUGAGCAGAUUAAGAAGCCAAUCAUAGAAGAAAUUGACGUGGAAGAACAGACCAGCAAAAAGGGAGUUACCAAGCCUGAAGUUAUUGAAGAAGUGCCUAUCGAUGAAGACCUUAAAACUUCCAAACGCAAAUCGGUCAAAAAACAGUCUGUCAAGGAAGAACCGUUAAGUGCUGAAACAGAAGGGCGGGUUUUCGAAACUGUAACGACGUUCAAGUCAGGCAAGGAUGGUUCGAUUAUAGUGUCUAAAGUCAGCAGCCAUAAGUCCCACGACGCAAUUAUCACAGGUCCAGCAGAAACGCGCACGUUGCAUAAAAUGACAUCAUCCGCUGUUUUUUACGAUGACGAUUACGGUGGUAGAAAGAUCAUUGAACCCACUAAACCUCAUACGACUUCAUUGGAAGUUGAAGAAAUAGCUAGCCACAGCUAUUUCAUGUCUGACCUGGGAAAUUACACGAUACCUGAUCACAUCAGAAGAGGUGUCUACGGUAUCAUUGAAGAACCACAAACUGACUCAGAAGCUGAUAAUAACUCUAGAUGUGGGAGAACACAUGGAAGUAGAACCAUAUCAAUUAUGUCUGUUUCCGAAGAUGAAUCAAGUUGGCAUAAUGAUUCCCUUUCACGAGAUAUAUCUAUUGAGGACCUAUCAAAAUCUAUUUUCGAUAUUGAUGAUACUAAAAAAGUAUUCAGUAAAGAUUCAUACGUGCGCCAGUCAUCAUUCAAAGAGGACUACUUCACGGACGAGGGCGAAGAAGAAUCCUUAAUUUACAAAGAAAAAAGUCACAAAAUAUACGAGAAUGAUAUCACUGAGAAACUAAUUAAUAUCUCGAAAGAGUUUGACGAAAACGAAAUCAAAAACAUAGAUGAUAGAAUUAAUGAUGUAAAGAAUCGUAUCAUAGAAGAGUUAGUAUUAGGGCCUGUAAAAAAUUAUGAUUAUAUAACUAAAGAUAUAACAGAAUCUACUGUGGAGAAAAAGAAAAAACAAGGAAAUAAACUAUUUAGCUUAGAGGAAGAAGUAGAUGAAGAUAUAGAGGAGCUGUUGAGGCGAAGUCGGAGACAAAGGAGCAUUCUCGAUGAGAUACUAACCGAAGAAGACGAAAAAGCACCCCCCACAAUCAACGGCAGCAGUAUGAAGGACGGUCACGCGUAUGAAUCUCUUCCCCUAGUCUACACGGUACAAGCCUCAGGGUCUCCGAAGCCCACAGUGCGCUGGCUCCUCAACGGGCAAGAAGUGAAGCCUUGCAACCGUGUCCACAUCACCAAUGACGGUGAUGAGUAUAAGCUGGUGAUUGACAGUGUGGCGAUGCAAGACGCUGGAACUUGGCAGUGCGAGGUCGGCAACGAUUUGGGCAAGAAGGUCCUGCAGGCUGAACUCUCUGUCUCGCCCGUAAGCGAGUACCGUAAGCCGAUCUUCACUACCCCAUUAGAAGCGCAAAGCGUCAUGCAACGCGAGCCGGUCACCAUGAAGGCCGUAUGCACAGCCGAUCCACUACCUCACGUGGCCUGGCUUCUCAACGGAGUGGAGAUCACGCCUGACGCGACAGUGGUCACCGAUGUAGAAUCUAAGGAACUGGAGCACGGCCUUAAAGAAUGCACCUUCACUUUAUCUAUUCCCACUGGUCGACACGCCGAUACUGGGGUGUACACAAUCCAAGCCAAGAACAAAUAUGGCGUCGGCGAAAGCUCCGCUCGUCUGGACAUCCUUCUCAGACCGGAAAUCGAGGGUCUUAGUCCUGACCUGAUAGCCCAACCUUAUGAAGAGACCACUUUUGUCGCUAAAGUCAGGGCCAACCCUAUCGCCGAGGUCAAAUGGAGCAAAGACGGCUACGUUAUUCAGCCAUCGUCAGACCGCUACGAGAUCGUGGAAGACAAGCCUUCGGAGACCUACUCCCUGGUGGUGAAGAAAGUGAGCAUGGAAGACGUUGGUCUUUACACCAUCACGGCCACUAAUGAGCAUGGUGAAGCGUCGAAACAGGCCAAUCUUUGUGUGCAUACCGGAGAGCCGGUCUUUACUAAGCCGCUCCAAAGGCAAGUGGUCCGCGACUACGAAGACUGCACCCUGAAGGUUCGCUGUGAAGGCGUCCCCAAGCCGGAGAUCCAGUGGUUCGUGGACGGGAAACCUGUGGAGAAUGAUGACAGGCACACCAUCAACACUGAAAUUGAGGGGCAAGUGAAUAGUACGUUGGAGAUCAAGCACUUUAAUGCCAGCGACGCUGGGAAGUACAAAGUGCGCGCGGUGAGUUUAGCCGGCGAGGCUGCCUGCGAGGCUGAGAUCAGCCUGGCCCAGGCCAGCCCCAGCUUCGUGAGGAAGCUGGAGCCGCAGAAGGACGUGGAUGAAGGAGAGCCUCUCGAGCUGAAGUGCAAGGUGGACGGCAGCCCUAUGCCUACUGCUCAAUGGUUCAAAGACGGCGUUCCCAUCGCGGAACACGACGCGCGCGUCGCCGUGAGUGCGCAGGCGGACGGCGCGCUGCGGCUGGCGGUGGCGCGCGCGCAGCCCGCCGACUGCGGCGCCUACCGGCUGCUGCUGUCCAACGUGCACGGCGACUGCAGUGCUCUGUGCGCCGUCGCCGUCAACCCAACUCCAAGGAAACCAUCGUUCAGCCAGGAGUUGGAAGACGUAAAGGCGGUGGUCGGGCAGCCUUUGAAACUUGAAGCGAGGGUCAUGGCGUUCCCCGCGCCGGAGGUCAAGUGGUUCAAAGAUGGCCUCCCCAUCCGCCCCUCGCAAGCGGUGAACUUCAUCAAUCAGCCGGGCGGCGUCAUCGGUCUCAGCAUCGACAAUUGUAAGCCCGAGCAUGCUGGACAAUACUCCUUGACAGUCACCAACAAGUUGGGAGAGGUGGAGUCAAAAGCUAAAGUAGAAGUGACGGAGAAGGAACGCAAGCCGGCCUUCAUAGCGGAGCUGCAGCCCGCCAACGUCAUCGAGGGCUUCCCCGCCAGGCUCGAGGUCAAAGUGCUAGGUCACCCGCCUCCAGUCAUCAAAUGGACCCACAACGGCAAAGAAGUGGUUCCGGACGGCAACCACGUCAAAAUCGUGUCUCUUCCCGACGGAACUCACGCUCUACUUCUGGACAAAGCCACAGCAGCCGACGCCGGGCAGUAUGCCGUCACAGCUAUCAAUGAUAAGGGGGAGACUACUAGUAAUGCUGUCCUCACUGUAGCCAGUCGUGCAGACGACUCUUCCCCACAAGAGCGUCCGCAACUGAUCCACGGUCUCCGCGACAUCUCAGUGGAAGAGGGCCAGCCUCUGUCUAUCUCCGCCCCGUUCCGCGGUAACCCAGUGCCUGAUGUGUCCUGGACUAAGGACGGAGAAGCCCUGGUGCCCAGUGAGAGGCUGGUGAUUACUUGCGAUGGGAAAAGAGUGGGAUUGGAGAUCAACCCAGCGGCGAUGUCAGACGCCGGUGUGUACGGAGUCAAGUUGAUCAACCCGUUGGGGGAGGAUUCUUCUCAGGGGAACGUGGCCGUCAGGAAGGUGUUCCAGCCGCCCAGUUUCUCGCAGAAGUUCACUGACCUGCAGCAGCUGCCGACAUUCGACGCGAAAUUCCCGGCGCGCGUGAUCGGCGUGCCCGCUCCAGACAUCACGUGGCUGAAGGACGGGCAGCCGCUGCAAUCCGGCCUGAAGUAUAACGUGAAGCGGGACGGCGACGCGUGCUGCCUGUACGUGCGCGAGCUGCAGCCGGGCGACGCCGGCCGCUACGCCUGUGUCGCGACGAACAGGGAGGGGGAGGCGAGGUGUGAAGCGCAGUUGGAGGUCGUCGAUAAGAUUGGCAAACGCCAGAAGAUGGAGCCACCGGAAUUCUUGAAGAAAAUCGGCGACACGGAGGUGUUCCGCGGCAUGAGCGCCAAGUUCACCGCCUGCGCAACCGGCUCGCCCGAACCUGACGUGGAAUGGUUCCACAACGAUGUGAAACUGUUCCCGUGCGAGAGGAUCCGUAUGGACAAGGAGAGUACCGGCCUCCUACGUCUCACCAUCAGCGGGGUGGACGUGCCUGAUGUGGGCAGCUACCGCUGUCGCAUCUACAACCCUCACGGGGAAGCUAGUUGUACGGCUCAACUGACUUAUGAUACUCUAGAACCUCAAGCGCACAAGCGCCCCCUGGCGGAGCAGUACUCGGACUUCGACAAGAUGAAGAAGACCGGCAUCCCGAUGCCGCUCGCCGACAAGCCCAUCAUCUCGCGCAUGGCCGACCGGCAUCUCACGCUCUCGUGGAAGCCCAGCAUCCCGCAUGGACCACGCUUCCCUGUUACUUAUCAGGUGGAGAUGUGCUCGGUGCCGGACGGCGACUGGUUCACGGCGCGCACGGGGCUGCGCUCGUGCGUGUGCGACGUGCGCAACCUGCAGCCCUUCCGCGACUACCGGCUGCGCGUGCGCGUGGAGAGCCGGCUCGGCGUCAGCGACCCCUCGCCCUUCGCCGCCACGCACCGCGCCAAGCUGGAGCCCGACCCGCCCAAGUUCGUGCCGUAUCUGGAACCAGGCAUAGACUUCCGCCCGGAAACGUCACCAUACUUCCCGAAGGACUUCGACCUGGAGCGUCCCCCCCACGACAACUACGCGCAGCCGCCUCGCUUCCUGCGCCAGGAACACGACGCACAGUAUGGGGUCAAAGGCCACAACGUCAAUCUCUUCUGGUUCGUGUACGGCUACCCCAAGCCAAAGAUGACGUAUUUCUUCAACGAUGAGCCGAUUGAAGCCGGCGGAAGAUACGACUGGAGUUACACGAGGAAUGGGCAAGCUACGCUGUUUAUUAAUAAAAUGAUGGACCGCGACGCCGGCUACUACGAAGCCGUGGCGACCAACGAGCACGGCCAGGCGCGGCAGCGAGUCCGCCUCGAGGCGGCCGAGUACCCCGCCUUCAUCCGGCGGCCCGAGGAGGCGGUCGUGCUGCAGAGGCGGACGGUGCGGCUCGAGGCGCGCGUCACGGGCGUGCCGUACCCCGACAUCAAGUGGUACAAGGACUGGCAGCCGCUCGCGCCGAGUGCCAGGUUCAAGAUGCAGUUCGUCGAGCCAGACCUAUGCAUUCUGAUAAUAUCGGACGCCAUCUUGAAAGACGAAGGUUUAUAUUCGAUCUCGGCGCGCAACGUCGCGGGCUCGGUCAGCUCGUCCGCCAUGUUGCAUGUGGAGGAAGACGAACACGUGUACUCUGACAGGAUCCGCGAGCACCCGCCGCGCGUGAAGGCCGGCGCGCAGCCGCUGGGCGAUCGUUACGACCUCGGCGACGAGCUCGGCCGCGGCGUGCAGGGCGUCGUCUACCACGCCGCGGAGAGGCUCAGCGGUCGCAACUACGCCGCCAAGAUAAUGCACGGCCACUCCGAACUGAAGCCGUUCAUGAAGAACGAGCUGGACAUCAUGAACAUGCUGAACGACCGCCAUCUUGUCCGGUUACAUGACGCCUACGAACAUGACCACACUUUGGCUUUAGUCAUGGAGUUGGCGGCUGGCGGGGAGCUGGUCAGAGAUAGACUGCUGAGGAGUCAGGGGUACACGGAGAGGGAAAUAGCUGGAUAUAUUAGACAGUUACUGAGAGGAUUGAAGUAUAUGCAUGAUAACAGUGUUGCUCAUCUUGGGUUAACGAUCGGCGAACUCCUCCUCUCCCACGUGGGCAGCGACGAACUCAAACUGUGCGACUUCGGGCUGUCGCGCCGCAUCCAGUUCAACAAGCACGCGUCCCUGGACUACGGCACGCCCGAGUUCGUGGCGCCGGAGGUCGCUGGCGGGGAGGGCGUGUCGUUUGCGGCCGACAUGUGGAGCGUCGGCAUCAUUACCUACAUUCUGCUGAGUGGACACUCGCCGUUCAGGGGGAUUAAUGAUAGGGAAACCUUGACCAAGAUUCGAGAAGGGAAAUGGGAGUGGCACGACGAGGAAUGGUGGUCUCGCCUCAGCACCGAAUCCAGGGACUUCAUCUCCAAGCUCUUGGUGUACAACUGGCACACUCGCAUGGACGUGGACACGGCCCUCGCCCACCCCUGGCUGACGCUGGCCGACAGGAUCUACCAGGAGGAGUAUCAGAUCACCACGGACCGCCUGAGGAACUACUAUAAUCUGUACAGGGACUGGACGAGCAACGCCCAAUGCCGCACGUGGUUCCGGCGGCGGCCGCUGAGCGGCGCCUUCGAGCACCCCUCCAAGAUGGUGUACCCGCCCGGGGAAAUUUAUACACCUGAAGGCAGCCCCGAGCGGGAGUCCCGCGAGCGCAGCGCGGGCGCAUGGGACCUGAAGUUCAAGCAGUGGGAGCACCCCGACUGGGAGGUCUCCGCCAAGUCCGAGAGCCACUACCAGAACGGCCCCGACACGUAUCUGCUGCAGCUCCGCGACGUGCAGUUCCCGGUGCGGCUGCGGGAGUACAUGAAGGUGGCCUGCAACCGCUCCCCCGCGUACUACAUCAGCGUUCACGACGUCUAUGAUCCCAGGACUCCCAUAAUCCGCGAGCGGCGCCGCUUCACAGACAUCAUGGACGAGGAGAUAGACGACGAGAGGAGAGACAGGAUCAAUAACUACGGCACCGAGUCCUACACCAUCCGGCGGCUCAGGCACGAGCUGGGGACCAGGCUGGACUCGUACGCGGAAGCCCAGGCUUUCAUGGAAACGAAAAAAGAUGGUCACAUGCCGUUCUUCCGAGAGAAACCGCAACUUCUGCCUAUCCGCGAGGGGGAGACCGGCCAGUUGUCUUGUUACGCCGUCGGAGACCCCAAGCCCGUGAUACAGUGGUUCAAGAACGACAUGGUGAUAGCUGAGGGCCAGAGGAUCAAGAUUAUUGAGGAUGAAGACGGCAGAUCCACGCUCAAGUUCGAACCGGCCAUGCACCACGACAUCGGGUAUUACAAGGUGGUCGCCCGGAACAAGGUCGGGCAGACAGUCGCCCGAACAAGAAUCGUGGAAGCGACCACUCCCGACGCGCCCGACAGCCCCGCCGCGGCCGAAGUCUCCGACACCGAAGUCCUGCUUCGCUGGAAACAACCGAAAUACGAUGGAAAUUCACCAGUAGUCUGCUACAGCCUCCAAUACAAAGCCGGGGACAGCGUGGAAUGGAUCACCGCCGCCGAAAACAUAGACCACGAGUUCUUCCUCGUGAAGAAUCUCAACCCUGACACCAGCUACCAGUUCAGGCUGUUAUCGAGAAACCGAAUCGGCUGGAGCGAUAAAGGAAUACCGACACAAUUGGUCAAAACCAAAAACACUGGCGCGCCCAAAAUCGAAAUGACCAAGGCCAUGAAGCAUCUUCAACAGAUCACAGAAUCUGGACAAGAAAUAGUUUUGGACGAGGACAGGCCUAAAUUGGACUAUGGCACUGAGGAGAAACCGAUCGAAUGGGACACAUCCGAUGCUUUUACGGAAAGAUACAGUUUCAUAUCGGAGUUGUGGCGCGGCAAGUUCUCCAUCGUGGUGAAGGGCGUGGACAAGCGCAACGACAGCGUGGUGGCGGCCAAGGUGCUGGAGAGCCGCGCCGAGACCGAGGUUCAGAUCCAGCGCGAGUUCGAGUGUCUGCGGCGGCUGAGGCACGAGAGGAUAGCCAACUUGUUAGCGGCUUACCACGCGCCAGGUUCCCCAGUCGCCGCCCUAAUAAUGGAGAAACUCCAAGGCGCCGACGUCCUAACUUACCUAUCCAGCCGUCACGACUACACCGAGCAGAUGGUAGCCACCAUCAUCACCCAGGUCCUCGACGCGCUCCAGUACGUCCACUGGCGAGGCUACUGCCACCUGGACAUACAGCCCGACAACGUGGUCAUGGCGUCCGUCAGGUCCAUCCAGGUCAAGCUGAUCGAUUUCGGAUCCGCGCACAAAGUCACCAAGUUGGGCACCAGCGUGCCGCAAGUCGGCUCUUUGGAGUAUAAGGCGCCGGAGAUAAUCAACGACGAGCCGGCGUACCCGCAGACGGACAUCUGGUCGCUGGGCGUGCUGGCGUACGUGCUGCUGUCGGGCGCGGCGCCCUUCCGCGGCGCCGACGUCGCCGAGACCAAGCAGAACAUCUCCUUCGUGCGGUACCGCUUCGAGCACCUGUACAAGGAGAUCACCCAGGAGGCGACACGUUUCCUAAUGUUCCUGUUCAAGAAGGUUCCCCUGAAGAGGCCUUCGGCCGAGGAAUGUUACGAGCACCGCUGGCUGACGCAGAGCGACUUCAUGAUCAGGAAGCGGGAGAGGGCCGUGUUCUUGGGGAACCGGCUGAAGGAAUUCUCCGACGAGUACCACGAGAGAAAGUCGCGCGAGUCGUCGGAAGCGGACUCUGUCUCCGCCGCAUUCGGCGCGGCGCGGCAUCUCACUCGCUCCAACAGCAUCCAAGACGAACUGCUCACUACUUUCUCCACGCACUGAUACAAUCAUCAUCCAUAUACAAUCAUGUUCGUAGAAAUCGGAAUGCCAUUUGUAUUUGAAACUGUAGAAAUGAUUCUUCGUCACGCUGAUUGAAUAAAAAAUAAAAGACGUCUCACAUCUCAUUCUUUACGUCAUUUUAUAUGCAAAAUGACGUAUGAAGUCCGAUUACUCAAAUCAUCUAUAACUCAAUGAUUAAAUUCUGCUCGUUCAUUAUCUGUAGUUUUAUAUUUAGGGAUUAUGUGCUUUAUUUCAAUAUAAUUAAGAUCCAUUUUCAAACGGACGGACGGACGAACAUUUUAUCUAAUAAGUUUAAUAACACUCAGAAUUGAGAUGCAAUUUGAACAAUGAAGACUUGUAUAAAUCUUAUGUUAUUCCAAUUUCUACGAUCUUUAUCACUGUUGUUGGUAACGUGGUGCGCGGUUGGGGGUUGCAAGACUAAAACUAGUAUAAAAUACUACAUAUUUAAAAUAAAAUUUAGUAUUUUUAUGGUCGGCAUAAAGAUUUGGUGUCUUAUUUCGUGGAGUACCGGCCAAAAGUAUCUAAACAAAUUUUAGCCCUACAAACACAAACAAUAUUAAAUAAGGCGCUGUAUAUAAAAGAUGAUAAAAUGCUUAACUGUUAUUGAUGACCACGAUUGAUUUCCUAUAAAAGUGAAAAAUUAAUAAAAAUGCGCAAUAAUUUAAUUUUUUUUAAGAACGCGAUAGAUUUACUUUAAAAAAAAAGUAAAUUAAUUUACACCAAAUGUAAACUUAGUUUAGAAUAAAAUGCUACUUUAAUUUGCGGCCACAAACUGCACACCACUUUACACUCCGCCCAUUUUUUCACGAAUCGUGUAUAUUUUAUAACGCCCAAAUUCUAGUCAUACAGAAAUUUUGUUACGAAAAUUGUUAUUGUUAAGCUAUUUAUUGUAUUUAUACAACUUUUUUCUAUUUAUAAUUUUUACUAAUUGGUACGAUUUUGAUGCUCCGUUAUUAAUGUUGUUAAUAAAGAGCAUUGAUUUUA